CUUCAAUUAGCUAUGAUUUGCCACGUGAAUGGAAAGUAUCAUUAGAAAGAAAAGACAUAACUGAUGAAAUAAAUAAAGCUAUACCUAUUUCAACUAUUAAUUUAGCAUCACCAAUAUUAGAUGAUUCUAUAAAUUCAGAAAUUCAUAUUAAUGAUACAGAAAUAAUUGAUAAUAUGCAAUCAAUAAUUGGAAUGGGUGGAAGGCGAAGUAUUGUUAAUAUUUUAAAAUAUCUUAUACCAAGUCUUGUUGAAGAAAAAAUAUUAAUUAUAACAAAUUCUAUAAUAUAUUUGAAAAUAUCUGGAGACAGAAGAAAUGUUGGAAAAAAGAUAAAGCAUGUAAUGCUUACUUUUUUAAUUCUUAAUAAUAAAGACAAAUUACAGCAGCCAGAAAGUCAUUAUACUACAAUUUUAUAUUCCGGCAAUAAGAAAUAUAAAACAUUAUAUAUUGCACUACAGCAUUUAAUUGUCGAAUUAAAAAAGUUAAAGGAAGAUAAAUUAAAUGAUAAUCUGG